UACUAAUAACCCAUUAUUCUAGCCAAGCUUAACAAUGCCGAGAUACCGAUCCAGAUCGAAAUCACCUAUACAGCGUAUCAGGAAGAAAGGGAACCUCACCAUUAUCGAGGGGAUGUACCAGCCAACUAUAGAAGAAGAUAAGAAGCUAUACGAAAAAUACAAGAAGUGGAUAUCGGAAGUAGAACAAACUGCCGCCCCACCCUUACGGCAUCUCACUCUCCCAGAAACAGAGCUUCUUCACAAGGCUAAGAAGUUUGCUAUGGAGUGCUCUGUUCAGGCAGUGUUGACCAAGAAGCCUAUAGAUGUGUACAGUAACAUGACUGAGGAGCAGCGCCAGCAGCAGCGCGACCGCGCGGUAUCCCUCAUGUGCCGUGUCUAUGUGGGGAGUAUCCACUAUGAUCUUACUGAGGAUGAUCUGCGCAAAGCCUUCGCUCCUUUCGGACCAAUCAAGGGUAUCAAUUUGUCCUGGGAUACAGCUACACUGGGUAAAUCCCGGUCACACAAAGGUUACGCCUUCCUGGAGUACAACGUGGCAGAGAGUGCGCAACUUGCACUCGAUCAGAUGAACGGAGUCAUGUUGGGUGGUAAACCUCUCAAGUGUGCUCGACCAAGCAAUAUUCCAGCAGCGUUGCCGCUGAUAAAGCAGAUAACAGAAGAAGCCUCCACCCAACCUCGCAUAUUUGUCGCAUCAAUUCACCAGGAUUUAUCAGAAACAGACAUAAGGAGUGUUUUUGAAGCGUUUGGUCCAAUACAAGCUAUCCAACUGUCACAGGACGUCAUGCCGGGAAAACAUCAAGGAUACGGAUUUAUUGAGUACGAAAACUUGGACUCAGCGAACGACGCGGUCGCUGCCAUGAAUCUGUUUGACCUAGGUGGUCAGUUUCUGAGAGUGGGACGGGCAAUAACUCCUCCGCAACAGAUGGCUCAGCCUGAACCUGUUCCUCCUGAGAUUGCCGCUGCCGCUGCCGCUGCAGCCGCAGCUUCAAGAGCUAUAGCUGCUCAAGAUGAAGUAGUAGCAACUUCCCGCUCUCAAGGCCAAAGCCAUGGCCAUGGCGGCCAUUCCCGUCCCCACGACAACAGUCACUCUAAUUCACGGAAGAAACACAGACACGGUAGCAGAGAGAGAUCUUCUAGAAGAAGCAGGAGUAGAGAGCGAGGUAGCAAGAAGGAUAAGAAGAAGAAGAGAGAGAAAGAGGGCAAGAAAGAAACAGAAGAAGCAACUAACGAGGAUGAAGAUGAGGGCCUGAACGCUAAAGAGAAGGCUAAGAAAACCAUAGAGGGUUUGAAAGGAGAUAUUUCUAUUUCUCAAGAGGAGGAAAUGUCUAUCACUGGUAGUAAUGCACGUUUCAUGAUCAUGCAGAAGCUAGCUAUGAAGGACAAAGAGAGUACGGUUAUGAUAUUGAAAAAUAUGGUUGCAUUCGAAGAUGUCGAUGAUGAAUUGGAAGGAGAGGUGAAAGAAGAGUGUGGGAAGCACGGCAAAGUAAAGAAAGUAGUAGUAUAUCAAGAAGCUCAGAGUGAGGCGGAUGAUGCGGAGGUGUUUGUCAAGAUAUUUGUACAGUUCUACAAAUCAUCAGAGUGUGAGGUAGCUAUCAACGCCUUAAAUGGACGCUGGUUUGGUGGACGAACAAUCGACGCUCAACAAUACGAAGAACAGCGGUUCUUACGAGAUGAUCUCUCCGGAUGAUCAUGCGUUGAUAGCUGAUCAGAACUUUUUAGCUGUUUUUCAACACUUUUUUUUUGGACGCCCAAGUUGUUCCCAUAUUAUCUUUUUCGUCGCACUGAAACUCAGAAUAAGACACUUAUAGUUAUUGAUAUUCACAAAUGUUUUAACUUAUUUUAUUAAUGAGUUCUGUAGAUUUCCGACGUUUUCUGACUUAAUGUUCAGGGAAAACUGAGUUAGUGUGUAUUUUUUCAUUCAAUGUAUUUUAAAGUGGCAAAAGUUAUAAGUGGUAGUUAGGUAUGACUCAAACGAGUGCUUUGAAUUGUGAUGUAGCCUAGGUAACUUUCGAUUAUCCGUUGGUAUGUCGCACUUCAUCAUGGCAAAGAGGUGUGGCUCCGCAAAUUUAUUUCAUGAUUUCUUCGUUAUUGAAUGACACAGCGCAGAGUUAUUAACAACAGCUUUGACGGUUAAAAACUUCUAAUGAAACAUGUUAAGGCCUCAAGUUGACUGCAUAUAACUAAUCCUAAAGCGUAACAUUUUCUCACCACUAUAAUUCUAAAAGAGAGAUCACGUACAACUAUAAAUUGCUAUAAUUGCUUCGCACUUAACGCUGCACAAGAUGACAUGUGCAAAUUAACGACUUAGCUUGUCACCAUCAAAGUUGAAAGAUCAGCUGCUGGGAGAGGCGUUUGCCGUGUAAAAGACAGGACGGUUGUGCGCCAGAAACCCGUUAACAGUUGGUUAUAACCGUUUGCAGCACUUGAAAUGUAGCGGCCGCCCUACACUGCACAUACAGGCACACUUCUUGUUGACGUACGUGACGCUAACUUAAACUAAUGCCCAUUGUCAAAUAUGCCAUAGUUUGAUCGGCGAUACCAGACUUCAAAGAUAGUGACGUGCAUCAUGAGUUUAUAUAAAACUUCAGGGCUUCAUAUUUUAGAUUUUACACUUUACAGUCAGCAGUUUCUCCAGAGCUAUGUGAAAUAUGUUGUUACUUGUAUUUCGGGUCUAUGUUAACAUGUACUGUGUUUCCGAGAGCUCAAUAAA